AUGACAGGUGACAACAACUCCUCUACAAAACCUACUCACAAGGCAUACAACAUCACCAACAUCAAAACUUAUGUCCCACUCAUCCUCGAUCUCUCUACCCGCAAUUACGACCUCUGGAGUGACCUUUUCAAGGCAUACUGCAUUGCUUAUGGGGUUGCUGACCAUAUUGAUGACACACACGACCCCGCCAAUACACCUCCUACGGACCAGGAGUGGAAGGAACUCAACAAUCUUGUUAAACUAUGGCUCUUUGGUUCUAUCUCACAAAAACUUAUUACCUCUGCCUACUCCCUCAACGCCACUGCCCGCAGAAUCUGGUUGAACCUACGAUCCCUUUUUUAUGAUGAUAAAGAGUCAGUGUCUAUGCAGCUCGAAGAUGAACUCAGAAAUAUAACCUUGGGAGACUUAACCAUUCACGAUUAUUGUGAAAAGGUAAAGAAGAUUACUGAUACGCUUGAGGGCCUCGGUGAAAAAGUCAAGGAUCGUAGUGUUGUACUUCAUGCAUUAAAUGGACUUCCAAGCAAGUUUGAAAGUGUUGCCAGCAUCCUCCGCUUCUCCAAACCUCUUCCCUCGUUUUCUGAGAUGCGAUCUAUCCUCUUGGUUGAAGAAUCGAGAUUGAACAGCCACCGUGUCACUCUCCCAUCGCACGACAAUCACCCCUCUUCGCCUUCUUUGCUCCAUGUUGCUGACCCUUCUUCGUCGUCGACCUGUGGAGGAGGAGGCAUAUCCUAUUGGGGAAACAAUUCCCGUCGCAGUGGAGGUCGCAACAACCAGCGUCGCCAGCAGCAAUUUCCCGGUCAAACCCCCUCUGGUCAUGCCAUAUCGAAAGCUGUCCACAAAAAAAUGUACGAGAUAAAAUUUAUUGUUUCAAAAAACAUUUAUAAGUUAACAACCAAUAACCAAUAA